UUUAAAUAAAAAAAAACGCCUUAUCGGCCGCUUCCUGCAGGCAGAAGUCUCGCUUGAUUAACUUCGCCGCGCGCGCGCCUCUGCGCUCAUCAGCGCCGUCAAACUCGGGGGGCUUUAAGACCCAGCAGAGGUGCGGUAGCCAACAUCUGUCCCCACUGUGCGAGUUGCGCUCGGGCUCCGGGUCUGAAGACGCAACCAGGCGGCGGCGGCAUCAGCAGCAGCAGGCGGAGCGGGUUCAGCGCGCAUCCGGGAUGCGAGCCGGUGCCGGAGGCUGGCCGGUGAGGGGAAGUGGAGUUCGGACGCACUGAGGCGCGGCCGCGAGAGACGAGCGUUCUGCAAAAUGAAGACACCUAUGCGCCACGGGAUGGCCGUGCUCCUCGUGCUCCUCCUGUGCGCGAGCUUGUUCCUCGUGUACAACGGCGGCUUCAACGGCGCUUCCAGGGACGCCAACGACACGCGCGUCCGACAGCACGAACAUCUGCGGCGGCCCACCGAAGCCCCCGUCCGGGUGGCCAAGCCUCAUCCGCCGGUCCUCCAGGGGUACAGCAGCAUCAUCGACCAUAAGCCUCCCAGGAUGCACUGCCAGACCUGCGCCCUGGUGACCAGCUCGGGUCACCUCGUAGGAGGCGGUCGCGGCGAAGAGAUCGACCGGGCCGAGUGCGUCAUCCGCAUGAACGACGCCCCCACCGCCAGGGGCUACGCCAGGGACGUCGGCCGGCGCACCUCCCUGCGCGUCAUCGCUCACUCCAGCAUGCAGAGGGUGCUGCGGAAUCGCCACGAGCUGCUCAACGCCAGCCAGGACACCACGUUCAUCUUCUGGGGGCCCAGCAGCUACAUGAGGCGCGACGGGAAGGGCCUGGUGUACAAUAACCUGAGGCUGAUGAACCAGGUGCUGCCCAGACUCCGAGUCUACAUCAUCUCCUGGCAGAAGAUGCUGCAGUUUGACGAGCUCUUCAAGAAGGAGACUGGCAAGGACAGAAGAAUAUCAAACUCGUGGCUCAGCACCGGCUGGUUCACUAUGACCAUCGCCCUGGAGCUGUGCGAUAGGAUCAAUGUCUACGGCAUGGUUGCACCUGACUUCUGCAGGGAGCCUCAGCACCACUCCGUCCCGUACCACUACUACGAGCCACGCGGGCCGGAUGAAUGCGCCAUGUACAUCUCUCACGAGCGCGGGCGGCGGGGCAGCCACCACCGCUUCAUCACCGAGAAACGGGUCUUCGCCAACUGGGCGCGGACUUUUGACAUCCACUUCUACCAGCCGGACUGGAGCCCCCCGCCUCUCCCAGCCAACCGGACGCUGGAGGCGAGCGUCACGCCGACGCUCCUGGUGCCGCCGAAGACGUGACCUGUGUUCCCGGGGGAGGGGGGGUGGGGGAGGCGUUUGUAUUGAAAGGGCUACUGGACCCUUAACAGAGAGGAUGGGAAAAAAAAAUCUAAAAAAUGAAGAUGAAGGGUCUUGUUCAUCGCGCUGGACAUUUGCUAUGAACGUUUCUCCAGCUCCACCACUGCGUGUGUGUUUGGUUAACUGAGCUGAACCAGUUCAACGUUGUACGGCAUUGUUAAGUCAGUUUGUACAAGGAGGCAACGUCAUCACAACCCACUCUCAUGCAUGCAGUCUACGCUUUGUGUGUGUGUGUGUGUGUGUCACAGAGAGUACACGUUUGGUUUCUCCCCGAAGCCUCCGUUGGAUGAAGGAUCCAUGCAGGACUCCAUGCUUACGUUUCACUCAAUGGACAACAUCAUUAUUCUGCCUGUGAGACAGUGGGAACUGGAUACUUAUUAACAAUGUGCUUCACUUUGUCAAAAGGAUUGAGGAGGUCAAGUUGAAUGGGAUUCAUUGAGAUUCCUGUGUCCGGUAACAAAGGCCAAAAACUCCUAAAAGGCUGAAAAGAAAAUCCUCCUUGGCCCCGUACGGACGUGUCAGGAGGCUUUGUCGGCGCCUGUCGCCGCUUAAUUGCUUGAUUUAGUGAGCCGCGAGCCGCAUUUCCAUGUAAAUGCGCAGCCAUGUCACACAAGACAAGUGUGAGAUUAGAAUCGAGAGCAGGGACGCAGCGGCCUCAUCCAUCCUGCUAUACAGCAUUCGUCUGCCUCCCAGCAGGAGAAUUACACCGUUUUCUCUCCGUGUGCGAUCGGUCAGUCUCGCGCUCCUCACUGUGUUUUUAUGUGCACUCUUCUCUCAUUUGAUGGAGUACACACAGCUUGUAGACCGCCCCGUCCUCCAUCCCCCUCCUCCUCCCUCCUCUUCGCUCCAUGAAUAAAAAUCAGGUGUCAGUGUGGAGAAAGACGCGUGUUUAACUUAAUGAUUUAUCCUGGUGCUAAGUUCCCUAUUGAUUUUCCCCUCAUCUCUCCAAUGUGAGCGAUGAGAGGAGGGAUGCGGUGCGGCCGGAGACAUGCGUGCUCACACCACCAGAAUGUGUUUCGUGUCACAUUUCCUUGGCGGAGACGGGGAAGCGAUUCAAGAUCAUAGACACCACAAACAGCUGCAGGGGUCCAGCUGCUGACUUUGGGCUGUGGUUGAGACCAAGGUGUGCGCUUGUUUUCUAGAGACCCAUCUGUGAAACAGUCUGUUUUAGCGAAGAGAUAAGCACUCAAAUGUUUCCGUGUUUUUGCCUAAUGACUGAGCCACAGUGUGUUGUUCUGCAGCCGUGUGCUAUUUUCAUUUUAGAUUGUUUCUUUAAAAAUGUAGGAAAAACGAAUUUGCAGUGAUAUGAAACCGACUAAUGGCAAAUCAUUGAAGCAUUGCUGUUGUUAAUGUGUUAUCUUUUCAUGCCGCGCAUUAUCAUUAUGCUCAAUAAAAAAUACUUUUUAUCGGC